AUGCCACAAUUUGAUACAGAAUUUCAGGAUUAUCUUCUUGAUUAUCCUUUCACCAAUAAUGAAUCACUAAACAACUUAGAAUAUUUAGGUGAUGAUUUUCAAUUAUGGGAUGAAUGCCCUCCUCUAUGUGAAGAAGAUGCAUGGAAACCUCUUAGCCAACUUCCUCCUUUGGUACCAUCACUUGCCUCAAUUAUCGAAAACUCGAAUCAACCUCGUUUCAAUGAUACUCAAUUUGUACUCACGGCUAGUGUGUACGACAAUCAAACUUUGGACACAAUGCAAAAACAAGGUAACAAAUUAGUGAAAAAUGAGAAUAUUAUUGUUGGUGAAGAUAGUUGUGAUCAAAAUGAUGAAAUUAGGAAAAAUAAAAUGACAAAGAUCGAAUCGAUUGGGUACGAAGAAAUAAGGAAGUAUUUUGAUUUGCCAAUUAGUAAGGCAGCUAAAGAGUUGAAUGUAGGGUUAACAGUAUUGAAGAAGAGGUGUAGAGAGUUAAAUAUUAAAAGAUGGCCUCAUAGGAAAAUCAAAAGCUUGGAAGCUCUCAUCAAUAGUGUCAAGGAGCAAGGCAUGGUGAAAAUGGUGGAGCGUUUAGAGGAGGACAAGAGGAAACUUCAAUUUAUGGCCGAAUUUGAAUUAACGGAGGAAACAAAGAGGCUAAGGCAACAAUGUUUCAAGGCCAAUUACAAGAAAAGGAGGGCCUUAGCUUUAAACUAUGUUUGA